UCCGACAUGCGGAGGGUGCAGCGGCAGCUGGAGCUGCUCGCCCGGGUGAGGCACCUCAACGUGAUGAGCCUCAAGGCCUACGUCCGCGAUGCCGACCGGCUCUCGCUCGUCUACGACUUCGUGCCGGGGGGCAGCCUCGAGGACGUGAUGAAGAGGGUGAGGUCGCAGCAGGUCAGUCUCAGCUGGGACACCAGGAACAGGAUUGCGGCCGGGGUGGCCAAGGGUCUGCGCCACCUGCACUUCGAGUGCAACCCCAGGAUACUGCAUUGCAACCUCAAGCCGUCGAAUGUGAUGCUGGAAGAAGGGUUUGAACCGGUGCUGGCGGAUUGCGGCGUUGCGAGGCUUAUCGAUUCCGGUUUGCCUGAUCCGGAGUCGUCCGGCAGCCUCUACGCUGCUCCAGAGUGCUACCAAAGUAACAGGUACACGGAUAAGUGCGACGUCUAUGCUUUCGGCAUGAUCCUCGGCGUUCUGCUCACCGGGAAAGACCCCGCGGACCCGUUUUUCUCGGGAGAAAGCGGACGGGGCAGCCUGGCGCGAUGGCUCCGUCACAUGCAGCAUUCCGGCGACACGAAAGAAGCGCUGGACAGCAGCAUUGUAGGGGAGGAGGUCGACGAGGAGGAGAUGGUGAUGGCCGUCAGGGUCGCCAUCGUGUGCCUCUCGGAGCUGCCCGCCGAUCGGCCAUCCAGCGAUGAACUCGUCGCGAUGCUGGCCCAGCUCCACAGCUUCUAGCCACCUCCAUCAUCGUUCUAGCAGAAAAUUUCUUCAGAACAUCUUCCAUCGCGCCAGACGACGCCGAAUGGAGCUGGAUCGGACCCCGGCCGGCCAUACAGUCCCACCAUUUCAGCUUCUUGAGCUGAAUUCAGUUUGUCCAGAUGGGAACCAGCAAUGUAGAGGCCGAACAACAAGUGUGGCAAAAUAGCUUCAUGGCACAUGCUGGUGGUUGAGGUUCAUGUAAGAUGAUGAUGGUGAUGUUCUGGCCAUGAAUGAGCCUGGGGACAACAAAUGUGCAUAUAUGUAGACUGUAGUGUGUGUUCUCCAGAAUGGUGCAUAUCUUGUUGGAUCUCCCUUUGCUGUAGAGGGAGGGUGA